CAUGCAAAGUCCAAAUCUUAGUUGUAACGAAAAAUGAUCAAGGUAUAUAGAAUUUUGUCUACUUUCCAAACUCAGAGAUGGUGUUGAAUUAUAUUCAUCUCCUUUUUUAAUUAAAGUAUGAUUUAGAUGAAAUUUGACAAAAAGAAAAAGAAAAAGUGUGGGUGUGGCGUCCACGAAGCUUCUCCUUGAUCGUAGUUUGCUGUGUUUGUAAUUUAACGAUUUUGGCGGAUGCUCCAUUCUCUGUUUCUAUUUUUAUUUUUAUUUAAUUUACAGAUCCAUCCAACACCAACUAUCAUCAAUGGCUUCCACCCCAAGGAAGCGCCCAAAACCACACUCCAAAUCCACGCACUCUCCUUCUUCUUCUUCUUCGCUCAAUGCCUUAAUGGAACCACCCGAAAACUUCUUCCCCUCCAAGCCCGAGCUCUUCAAGCUUCUUGCCGUAAUCGCCAUCGCCACCUCCGUCGCCGCCCUCUGCAACUAUGUCGUCACCAUUCUCAGUCGUCACUCCAAGCCCUUUUGUGAUACCAAUGCCGAUUCUCAGUAUCUGCCGUCCGACUUGUGUGAGCCUUGUCCAAGUAAUGCAGAAUGUUAUCAAGGCAUGAUGGAAUGCGUUCGUGGCUAUAGAAAGCAUGGGAAGUUAUGUAUUGAAGACGGGGAUAUUAAUGAAACAGCUAAGAAACUUGCAAAUAGGAUAGAAACUCAUGUUUGUGAAGGAUAUGCUCAAUUUUUGUGCGGAACAGGUUCAGUUUGGGUUCAGGAGGAUGAAGUGUGGAAUGAUGUAGAUGAACUCAAGAUGAUGGAGAAUUUGGGGUUGGAGAAUGCCAUUGAUAUGCACACAAAACAAAGGGCAAUGGAAAUGAUUGAUGGAUUAUUGGAAACAAAGAUAAAUCAUAGAGGGAUCAAGGAGUUAAAGUGUCCAAACUUGCUGGCUGAACACUACAAACCUUUUAGCUGCCGCGUCCAGCAGUGGAUCUCCAAUCAUGCAUUAGUCCUCAUGCCAAUUUGUGGACUGCUUGUAGGAAGCAUAUUGUUACUCAGGAGAAUCCGUCAAAGAAGGAAUCUAUCAGCCAGAGCUGAAGAGCUUUACAACCAGAUUUGUGACAUCCUUGAGGAGAAUGCCAUGAUGACAAAGGGUGGGGAUGGUGAAGGCGAACCUUGGGUAGUUGUCUCUUGGUUACGUGAUCAUCUUCUUUUGCCCAAGGAAAGGAAGGACCCUCUGUUAUGGAGAAAGGUUGAGGAGUUGGUUCAGGAAGAUUCUCGUCUAGAUCGAUACCCAAAGCUGGUGAAGGGUGAAUCAAAAGUAGUUUGGGAAUGGCAAGUUGAAGGUUCUUUGAGUUCAAGGUUGAGGAAAAAGAGAGAGGCAAGCAAACUGAAGCCCAGUGGAGGCACAAAUAUAAAUUCUGGUGUACAGAGUCCGGCAAUGAAAGCUUCUGAGAUGGUGAACUGUUGAACCUUUGUUCCAGGACCAAGCUUUUAUGUUGUAAAGCAUUGAACACCUCUGAUUCAUUGUCCUCCUUCUGGAGCCAAACGAAAUGUAUGAAAUGAUGUUUAUACAAAACCCAAGGCUAUGCCAUACUAUUAGUCUCAA